AUGGCGUUGGCGGUGCCGUCACCAGUGACGUGGGCGCCAUUGGUGGUGAUGCUCCUCACCGGUAUUGCACGACGACGGCACAGACAACAACAACGAUGGCUACAACUACAAAGGCGGCCACGCCAUCUAAUGAACGGAGGGUCGGUUCGUGGUUGUCCGCUAAGCGGGUUUCAGGCUCAAUUGAUCCUGAGUAGCUGCUUGAAGGAUGAAGAUGGAGAUUGGUACGAGACUGGGCUUCAUAUCUUUUUUGGAGCUUAUCUCAACAUACAGAAUCUGUUUGGCGAGCUUGGGAUUGAGGGUCGUUUGCAGUGGAAAGAACACUCCAUGAUAUUCGCCAUGCCAAACAAGCCAGGAGAAUUCAGCCGGUUUGAUUUCCCAGAAACUUUGCGAGCACCUGGAUAUGGGGCCAUACUGAGAAACAAUGAAAUGCUUACCUGGCCGGAGAAGGUGAAGUUUGCAUUUGGACUUCUGCCAGCAAUGGUUGGCGGUCAACCUUAUGUUGAAGCUCAAGAUGGCUUAACCAUUUCAGAAUGGAUGAAAAAGCAGGGUGUUCCUGAUCGGGUGAAUGACGAGGUUUUUAUUGCAAUGUCCAAAGCACUCAAUUUCAUAAAUCCUGAUGAGCUAUCUAUGCAGUGCAUUUUGAUUGCUUUGAAUCGAUUUCUUCAGGAGAAGCAUGGUUCCAAAAUGGCAUUCGUGGAUGGUAAUCUGCCUGAAAGGCUAUGCAUGCCUAUUGUUGAUCACAUUCGGUCUAGGGGUGGAGAGGUCCGCCUGAAUUCUCGUAUUAAAAAGAGAGCUGAAUCCUGA